AGAAGAGUGUUCUAGCGUAAUAUCGUAGGCUACGUUUUGUGGCAAUGGAUCUUCAUUUUGCCCGUAAGGGCCAUUGCCCAAAAACGUCGCCUAUUAUAUACUUUCUCUUUUAUUUUCGUUAUUUGUACGUGUGCACCGCAACCGACGAAGCAUCGCCAAACAAUGUGGGCAACUAUAUAUCCUGUAGAAGAGGAUGCAAUCCAUCCCAGGGUCACCAUGCUUAUGUGCUGUAUGUAAUACAUCCCGGGUCCACCACCACGCUUAUGCGGUGUAUGUAAUACAACUCAGUGUCCACCGCCAUGCUUAUGCGGUGUAUGUAAUGCAACACAUGGUCCGCAUGCUUAUGUGAUGUGUAUUAUAUAUUCGUGUCCACCACCAUGCUUAUGUGAUGUGUGUAAUGCAAUACAGGGUCCACAUGCUUAUGCUAUGUAUGUAAUAUAUCCUAGGUCAUCACUAUGCUUGUAUGAUGUAUGUAAUUCAACCCAUGGUCCAUAUACUUAUGUGAUGUAUGUUAUAUAUCCCGGGUCCACCACUAUGCUUAUGCGGUGUAUGUAAUAGAACACAUGGUCCACAUACUUAUAUGUUGUAUGUAAUACAUACCGGAGCCCACCACCCAUGCUUAUACAGUGUAUGAAAUCUACAAGAGGCUGGACUGCGCGCAAUGAACUCUGGGAGGAAGGCCCCCCGCUUUGCUGCCGCCAUUUUGUGGCGAUGCCGCGCGCUGGUGGCUGCGCACGCCUCGACCUCCCCUUUUAAUUUCACUUUCUCACCGAUUUAUUCCUUUACGUUCCAUCCAUCCCUUUAAUGAGCCGGCGAGUUUAUUAACCGCCUUUAUUUCCCAGCGCUCAUUUCUUUUCUCGAGACGACAGGAGGUGGUGUUGGCGGCGGCGGUGGUGGUGGGGGCGCUGUCGCGGGGGAGGUUUGCACCAUGACGGACGUGAUUCAGGUGACCAACGUGGCCCCCGCGGCCACCACGGAGCAGAUGAAGACUCUGUUCGGAUUCCUGGGCAAAAUCGAAGACAUUCGCGUCUUCCCACACGAUGACUCCCCUCUGCCGGUGACGUCGCGGGUGUGUUUCGUGAGGUUUAGCGAUUCGGUCAGCGUCGGCGUGUCGCAGCACCUGACCAACACAGUGUUCAUCGACCGGGCUCUCAUCGUGGUGCCGUACGCCGAAGGCAAGAUACCAGAUGAGGCUAAAGCACUGUCGCUCUUGGCUCCCGCCAGUGCUGUCGCCGGCCUGCUGCCUACGCCCAGCCCGCUGGCCUCGAUGGGGGCGGUGCCCCUGUCGGCUUUGGGCGCGCUGCACGGUGGCGGUAGCAUGGACUCCACACUGGCCGCGCUCGGCCUCCCACAGCCACAGCUUCUCGGAAACUUGGAUGGCGGAAAGUUGCAGGGCAUGCAGCAGCCCAUGCACCUUGGCCAGUCUGCCACUGCUGAACAGUUGCUGAAUUUGUUUUCGCAAGUCGGUGGCGAGGUCAAGUACGUUCAUCUAUUGAACCAUCCAAACAAUGCCAUCGCAAAACCGGCGGGUAAGGGGGUGGACGCUGCUGCUAAAGAGAUCGAGGAGGCCAUGAAGAGGGUCCGUGAAGCACAGUCUCUCAUCUCUGCCGCUAUCGACCCAGAUUCUUCCGAGAAGAAGGACGACAAAAAGAAGCGCUCUCGGUCAAAAUCGAGGUCCCGCUCGCGGAAACGGCGUUCCCGUUCACGUUCACGCCGCCGGCGCUCGGGAAGCCGCACGAGGUACCGCUCGCGAUCGCGUGGCCGCAGGAGCCCCCGCCGCCGGUCCCGCUCCCCGCGCCGCAAAUCCCGCUCGCCACGCCGGCGCUCGCGAGACCGUGGCCGCCGCUCUCGCUCCAAGUCCAGGGAUCGCAGCCGACGUGGCCGCAAGAGCCGCAGCCCCUCGCUGGCGGGCAAGAAGCGCCCGCUGUCGCGUUCGCCGCCUCCUCCGCCUCGCCGCGUCUCUCCCAGCCCUCGGCGCCGGGCCUCCCCGAGGCCGUCGAGCAGCCGCCGCUCGCGCUCGCCCAAACGCCGCCUGCCGUCGAGAUCGCCGGGCCCUCGCCGUGUGUCUCGGUCGCCGCGUCGCAAGCUCGGCUCGCCGCCCCUUCUGCCCAAGCGCAAGGGCUCCAGCUCCCCGUCGCCUAAGAAGCACAAGAAAGAGAAGCGUCGCGAGCGUGAGCGAAGCCGGGAGAAAGAGUCUCGUUCGUCGGGAAGCCGCAAGAAGAAGGGCAGGGACAAGGGGGAGCGUGAACGGGAAAAGGAGCGUGAACGGCGCGACAGGAGCGAAGGAGACAAGGGCGACGUCAAGACCCUGUUGGACGUGUUGCGCGCACACGUGCAGGUGACGCGGAACUACGACGAGGAGGAGAUGGGCUACGACAGCGAGAAGGAGCGGCAGCUGCGCGAGGAUGGCGCUGGUUCUGGAGGCGCCGAUGACGGGUCCCCACCGCAGGGCGGCACACGCUCCGGCAGCAGGGGCGGCUCUGACAGCGGCAAUCAGAGCCCCGAGCGCAACACCAAUGGGGAUGACGAUCAGCAGGAAGACAUGUACACCAGCGAUUGAGCUGCGUGUGUGCCUCUGAUUGCCGCACACAAUCGCCUGUUCUCACUCCGCAAUUAUUACAUCUACACAAAUGCAGUCGUUGGUUUUCGCGUGGCCAUUAGCACAUGUUCGCGCUGGCCACUACA